AUGUGUUCCGUGCACAUUUUUGGCUCUUUGGCCAUUUUGUUGCUACUAGGAAAUGGCGGUGAAAGCGAGAGUCCCAACCACAGUGACUAUUAUUUUGGCAAUGCGAGCAUGAAGCUCAUUGAAGGUUUUCGUGAUUUUGAGCCACGCUAUCAAAGCGAACGUCAAUUAGUCCGUGAGGAGCGUGAGGGUCGUGGAUUCCAUUUCCAUGCUAGUGGCCAGGAUGUUAGUGUGGAACUGGAAUUUAUUGUGCCAUUCUUCAGAGUCCCAGUUAAGCGCAGCAUGAAUUUCGCCCGAAAUGCUUUCCAAAGUAUACUAAAUCUCCGAACUGGAGCUAUUAUUAAUACCGCAGUUAUUGUGGCAGCAGGAGCCAUCAUAACUGCAGUAGUACGCUUGAUUUUGGCUCCACUGGUGAUUACCUCUCUAAAUAAUGGUGGCUAUAUCUUCAAAUCGGAUAAAACUAUCAAAAGAGGAAUGCGAGGCUUGACCGAUGCAGUGGAAUCCCAGUUGGAAGAGCACAAUAUUGAUAUGACAGCUUGUAUGCAGCGUUAUAUAGAGAGUAGUUCAUCCUCCACUCCUGUAAGGCUUAUACAUGUAUUGGCCAAUAGUGUUGUGAUUUGGGCAGCCAGUGGAGAGGAAUCGAUCCUCCAGCAGCAAUACCAACAACAACAGCAUCAUCAAAAACCUCAGCAACAUCAUCACAAUCAACGAUUCAAAUUGGUAUCCUUCGAUGCGGUUAACAAAGAUAUAGCCCUGGGUUUGGAUUAUCUAGUGCCGUUUCUUGAGGUGCCCAUCAAACGCAAACGCAAUGCUCCUCCCAGGCCUUUACUUGUCAUUAACUCUGCUGCCUUGGUAAGCUGUGGUUUGGUUGCUGCCGGUGGUCUUUUGGUGGGUCAUCUAAUCCGAAGCAUGGGCUUGGAGUCCAUUGUACCAGAUAAACCACCACAACAUAUGAACAAUAUGAAUGGAAAUACUACUAGACCACAGUCUGCUGAAGAAAUGUUGUCAACAACAGAGACAGAGACAACUCGUGGCUCUUUUGACCAAGAACAAAACUUUUUCAAACUCUUCGAUCAAGUUAAAUUGGUUUAUCGCAAUAACACUGGCCAAAGAAUGGAACUCAGUCUGCCGAGUGCUUUGAAUACAGUGGAGCAGACUCUAUCCGAAAAUGAUGUAAACCUUUUCGUCUGUAUGCUCAAGGCUAUUUGCUCGUUGUUAGCCUGGUUGGAGCAAUCACCCAUAGGUGAAGCACACUGUCAGGAUAAAUAUCCACGUUGCAAAUGGAAUGCCCCAGAAGAGCAGCUCCUGCAACUUGUGCAAAAUAAUGUGCAGUUUAAUUAA